CGGAGUUCUUUUGAUUCUUUGAUUCUUGCGAUAUCAGUUAUUUGUUGUUCCACAACUUUAAGCGUAUAAAAUAUAAUUGGAAUUAUUAUUAAAUACUCGUUUAUACUGUGCAAAGAAAUUAUUGAAUUUUUAAUCAUGAACAAAAAUUUUCGCGCUGUAGUCGCUAUAGACUUUGGAACUACAUACUCAGGAUUCGCCUAUGCUAAUCAAAAUAACCCGGAUAUCACUGUUAACGAUUCAUGGCCUGGACGACUUAGAACAAGAUUAACUAUGCCAAAAACAAAUACAGUUCUUCAAUAUGAUACAGCAUCACCAGACCCCAAAAAAUGGACAGUAAAUUGCUGGGGGUUUCCAGCAUUAGCUCAAGAACCAACUAAAAAAUCUCGUCGUCAAUCCUCGGAAACUAAUAAUACUUUACCUGUUGAAUUAUUUAAAUUACAUCUAGCCGAUAAUCUUAGAAAUUUUGAAAAACCUUAUCUUCCUAAUGGUCUUGAUUAUGAAAAAGCAAUUUCUGAUUAUUUGUCUCAGAUGAAACCUUUGAUUAAAGAGGUUUUGGAUAAACGAUGGCCUGGUAUUAAAUUUACCCAAGUUCGAUUCGUCUUCACCGUACCAGCUGAAUGGAGACCUCAUACUAUUGGUAUUCUUCAAGAGUGUAUUCAUAAAGCCGGAUUUACCGAAAAAAAACAAUCAAAUAAUAAUUUAGAAUUUAUUACUGAACCGGAAGCCGCAGCAAUUUACGCCAUGGGAAAACUUGAGGAACAUAAAGUUAAAGCAGGAUCCUCAUUCAUGGUCGUCGAUUGUGGCGGUGGUACAGUGGAUUUGACGACACGAACGUUGUUACCUGAUAAUAAAUUAAGUGAAAUUACAGAACGUACGGGCGAUCUAUGUGGAAGUACAUAUGUCGAUAGAGAAUUCAUUAGAUUUCUCGAAAAGAAAUUAGGAUUUGCAGCUGUGGAUGAGUUCAGAAGGGAAAAUUAUGGUCAAUAUCAAUAUUUAAUUCAUCAUUUCUUUUGUCCAAGGAUAAAAUUUGAAUUCAUUGGUGAAAGUAAUGAUUUUCGUAGCAUCGAUUUGGAUAUUGAAAGAACAUGUCCAGCAUUAAUGAAAUAUGUUACUGAUGAAACUAAAGACGCAAUGGAAGAUGAUGAUUGGUUGAUCGAAAUUAAAUAUGAUGAUGUUUUGGCUAUGUUUGACAAACCUGCUGUUGAGAAGAUUUUAAAUCUGAUUAGAGAUCAAUUGGCUUCUUCUAAACAAAAAUGUUCUGCAAUGUUUUUGGUUGGUGGAUUCUCUGAAAGUCCAUAUUUAGUUAAGAAAAUAAAAGAUGCUUUUACAUCGGUCGUGCCUAUUAUUACGGUACCUCAGAAUCCGAUCACAGCUGUUUUGCGCGGAGCUGUUAUGUAUGGACUUGACAAAGCAGCAGUUGCUACUCGCGUUCUCACCAUGAAUUAUGGAGUCCGAGUUUAUCCUCUGUGGCGCUCCGGAGUUGACCCAAAGAAAAGAAAAACUUCUGACGGACGCAUUUAUAAAUUCAGCUGUUUAGCAACUCGAGGCAGAGAAGUUGCACCAGAUGAACCAUGUUCAGGAACAUAUUAUCCAAUUUAUCCAGAUCAAAAUGCUAUUUUGUUUAGUGUUUUUGCUACACCUAGAAAGAAUUCAAGAUUUUGUGAUGAAGAGGGUAUGCGUAAGAUUGGAGAAUUAGAAAUUGAUAUACCGGACAUAGAAGGCGGUACUGAUAGACCAGUAGAAUUUAGUUUAAUGUUUGGAGAGCUAUUAAUUACCGCUAAUGCUAGAAAUAAGAAUAGCCGAAAAAUUUACACAGCUAAAUUCGCUUAUGCUAAAAAUAGUUCUUAUUUUGAAGCUACAGAAUGAUAGGAAAUUUAAGGGUACAGAUUUAUUGUAUGAUAGCAUUUAUUGUUAUGCCAAUAAAGUAGAGUAUCUUCAUAUUAUCAGCAUUUUUUUUUUAUAUUUCAUUUUAUUAAUAUAAAUGAGUCAUACACGCAGUUCAUCUUAAACAAAAUUAUUUAUUGACCACAGUACAAAG